AUGGACUCCUCCGACUCUCCUACCCUCCCCGGAGCUCCGCCUAGGAAGCCCGUCAUCAAGCGCAUUGUUCAAAAGGUCACCACACGCGAUGGCCUCAUUGGAAACUACGACUACGCUUCCCUCUUCCGUCCCAACAUCCCCUUCAUCACCCGCUCUAGCCGCUCCUCGAGUCCCUUCUUCGGCCUCCACGACCGCAUGCCUAUCCUCCUCUCGGCCUUACUCGGUUUUCAGCACGCCCUGUCCAUGUUGGCUGGAAUAAUUUCGCCUCCCAUUCUCCUCGCCGGCGCCAGUGGUGCCAACCUAACGGCCGAUGAGCAGCAGUACCUCGUCUCCACGGCCCUCAUCGUCUCCGGUAUCCUCUCGACCGUCCAAAUCACUCGUUUCCACAUCUGGAAGACACCUUACUAUGUUGGCACCGGCCUCCUCUCCGUCGUCGGUGUCUCGUUCACCAUUAUCCCCAUUGCCCAGGGCGCGUUAUCACAGAUGUACGCCAACGGUUACUGUCCCACUGAUGAAGCAACUGGUGCCAAUUUGCCCUGCCCCAAGGGUUACGGCGCCAUCCUCGGUACUUGCGCCGUAUGCGCCCUGCUCGAGAUCGGCAUGUCUUUUGUUCCGGCCAGAAUUCUCCUCCGCACCUUCCCUCCCGUCGUCACUGGCCCCACCGUCAUGCUCAUCGGUGUCAAGCUCAUCAAGAGUGGCUUCCAGAACUGGAUGGGUGGCACCGGCCUCUGCUCCAGCCCCUCCACGGCCACGGGCAUCUACGCUCUUUGCCCGACAACCGAAUCGCCUCAUGCCCUCCCCUGGGGCUCCGCCGAAUACCUGGGCCUGGGCUUCUCCGUCUUUGUCACAAUCAUUCUGUGCGAGCGUUUUGGCUCCCCCAUCAUGAAGUCGACGUCGGUUGUUAUUGGCCUCCUUGUUGGCUGCAUCAUCGCCGCUGCCUGUGGGUACUUUGACCGCUCCGGUAUCGAUGCCGCUCCCGCUGGCUCCUUCAUCUGGGUACACACCUUCCCGCUGUCCGUCUAUCCGCCUCUGGUACUGCCAAUUCUGGCCCUGUACAUUCUCGUCGCUACUGAGGCUAUUGGUGAUAUUACGGCUACAUGCGAUGUCUCCCGCCUCGAGGUGACGGGUAACACGUACGAGUCGCGCAUCCAGGGCGGUAUUCUGGCCGACGGUCUGGCCGGCUGCUUCGCCGCCCUUAUGACCAUUACUCCCAUGUCAUGCUUUGCCCAAAACAACGGUGUCAUUGCCCUAACGCGUUGCGCCAACCGCCGCGCCGGUUACAUGUGCUGCUUCUUCCUCAUCCUCAUGGGCGUCGUGGCCAAGUUCGCCGCCGCCCUCGUCGCCAUCCCCUCACCCGUCCUCGGUGGCAUGACCACUUUCCUCUUCUGUGCUGUUACCGUCUCGGGUAUGGCCAUUAUCGCCCGCCCUGCCUCACCCUUUGGUCGCCGCAACCGCUUCAUCCUGACGGCUGCCCUGUCAAUGGGCUACGGAGCUACCCUGAUCCCCACCUAUUUCGACAAUGUCUUUACCUACUCUGGAGACGACCGUGAUCUUCAAGGCUUCUUCGAUGCUAUUGUUCUGGUUAUGGAGACUGGCUUUGCUGUGACGGCCUUUAUCGCCAUGAUCCUAAAUCAGAUUCUGCCCGAGGAGCUCGAGGACGAUAUUGACGCCGCUAAUGCGGACAACAUUGAGACUCACUCGGAUGCCGUGGCCCCUCAAAAAGGUCGCGAGGUCACCAUGAGCAACGACGGUGAGAUUGAUCCUGCUGAGGGAUCCGAUCGGAAUGUUAAAGAGCUCAAGGGAUAG